GCGACUAGUUUAAAGUCUCUUCAUUCUUGCAGCAUCUCUUUCUUACUAUUUAGCAUCUCUUUUUUGCUUUUUACCCAUGACAGGUACCAAAUUCUUGCUUGUACAUGUAACUAUGGUUUGCAAAAGCUGGUAAUGCAAGCUUUAAGUUAAAGGAGAUAUAUCCCAGAAUUCACUUCCAAAUAUUAAUCUGUAAUGCAUCCCAUACCUUUUUCUUUGCAUGCUGCAACAACAAUAUGCAGCAACUCCUAUUUUAUGAUACCUUACCCAAAAUCUACUGCAGAAUUCUCUUCUCAUAAGAGCCCUUUCGCUAUUUAUUUUAAGAGAUUUUUUCAAAGAUAUCCACAUUUGCUUUUCCAUCUUACAAAAUAGUUUUUUCAAGGGUUCAUCGAGAGAACUAGUUUCCAAAGAUGACAAUGCUUAAAAAAUUGCCUGAAGAAGUCUUAAAUUUAUGGAACAAUUGGGAGAUUCGAGGAAUGGUUUUGCUUAGUCUCUUACUACAAACCAUCCUCAUCAUAUUUGGGUCUCGGCGAAAGACCACUCGCAGAAUCUGGAUCAGGAUUCUCGUUUGGUCUGCAUACCUAUCAGCAGACAUGGUGGCAAAUGUUGCACUGGGUAAUCUAGCCAGGAGCCAAGGAGAUUCAUCAGGUGACAGUUCAGAGAAAGCAAACAAUUCCAUCCAGGCAUUUUGGGCACCUUUUCUACUCCUGCACCUUGGUGGCCCAGACACAAUCACUGCAUACUCGAUUGAAGAUAACGAGUUGUGGUUAAGGCAUUUACUUGGUCUUGGAGUCCAAGUCGGAGUGGCUUUUUAUGUCUUCUCAAGGUCCUGGGGUAGCGGUAUCCUCACAUUCAUAGCGAUCCCAAUGUUCGUUGUUGGCAUUGCAAAGUAUGCAGAGAGGACUUGGGUGCUCUGGUCUUCAUGCUCCAAGAGUUUGAAAAACUCUUCUCUCUCAGAUUUUUGGCGUUCUUAUCAUCGUACGGGAAUAUCAGAAACUCCUCUACAAGACCUCCAGGGAAAAGAUCUUCUUCAAGCUUAUGUUUUUUCUUAUAUAUCCAAGUUCAUGAUGCAGGAUCUUGUCCCUGGCAUUUCUGAACUAAUAAGUAGCCGGGAGCUGAUUUCCAAAAAUAAAGCAGACGGUGCCUUCAAGGUGGUAGAGGCUGAACUUGGAUUGGUAUAUGAUAUGCUUUAUACUAAAGCGCCUCUGAUUUACUCCCGUGCCGGAAUCAUUCUUCGCUGUAUCAGCUCUCUGCUCUCUGUUACUGCGUUUAUUACCUUCCAGGUCAAGAUUGACAAGCAUGACUACUCAACGACCGACAUUGCAAUUACGCAUUUAUUGUUUGCGGCCGCAGUUUUUCUCGAGUUUUAUGCUUUUUUAUGCCUUGUUUUGUCUGACUGGACAAUGAUUUGGUUGACUGAUGAAGGAGGGAACGCCCUGACUAGUGCUCUUUAUUCUCUGAUAAGGAAGUUAACUAGAAGCGAGAGGUGGUCAAGAUCCAUAUCACAGUAUAACCUGAUAAGCUUUUCCAUUGAAAGAGAGCCACCUAAAUUCUUGGAAUUUCUAGGAAUCGAUGAAAUGAUGAGGCAGAUGCAUGUGAAUCGGAAAGAUUUGAAUGGUGAACUACAAGAUCUUAUUUUCGAACAUCUUCGAAAGAAAGCUCAGAAGAUUAAGGAAGAUUUGAAUGUCUGUGAUAAAAAUCUCAGAAGUAAAAUAAUUGGUCAGAGGGGAGAUGGUGUGCUAGAAAGAGAGGGACUGUUACAGGGCUACAAGUGGUGCACGACUGAAGUAGAAUUCAGUCGGAGUAUUCUUGUAUGGCAUCUCGCAACAGAUAUUUGUUAUCGUGCUGAUAUUAAAGAUGGAAGUAUUGUCUGCACAGAAUAUGAAACAAGCAGAUGCUUAUCUGAAUACAUGAUGUAUCUUUUGGUGAUUAGACCAAAUAUGCUCUCUAAAGGAUUCGGUGAUGAGGGAUAUCUAUAUACCUUGCAAGAGUUGAGGGAUCUAAAAGAUCGUGGUCCUGAUGAUGAGGGAUAUCUAGAAACCUCGGGAGACUUGCGGGGUCUAAAAGAUCGUGGUGAUAUUAUUUAUUUUCCGGAGCGCUACAAUCAUUCACGUGGUUAUAAUGAUGUUGUUGAUUUAAUUCUGCGCAACAGUGAAUCAGGUUAUGAUGAUAGCCAGUUUCAAAGUAACUGGAAAAGAGAAAAGUCAGUGUUACGUGGUGUGGAAAGGCUCGCCAGGCAAUUGCUUUUAUUGGAACAUGAGAAGCGAUGGGAGAUGAUAAAUGAAGUUUGGAUAGAAAUGGUAGCUCAUGCAGCAGCUCAGUGUCCAUGGAAAGAACAUACUCAACAACUGAGAAGAGGUGGAGAGUUACUCACUCAUGUCUCCCUUCUCAUGCUACAUCUUGGCUUGACCGAACAGUACGAAUAUAAUGAAUCAGAGGACUUUUCUCAUUUGACAUUGGAGGACCAAGAAGAAUAUUUCAAGGCUAGAGACAAAUAUUUUCAAGGCAAGUCAGGGUCGAGUCCCCAUGAGGAGGAGGAGGAAGAAGAAUAUGUGGAAGGUAUUGCAGCCACGUCAGGGUUGAGUGCCGAUGAGAGGUUGAAAGAACUUGAAAAGAUUGUGGCAGAUACAAAGCGAGAUCUUGAGCGUGUGGCAGAUACAGAGCGAGAUCUUGAGCAUAAAAAACAAGAGCUUAAGCGUGAAGAGCAAGUGCUUAAGCGCGUGCUUGAGCAUAAAAAUCAAGAGCUCGAGCAACUGAGAUCUUCUUUAACUAUAUCAGCUCCAUAGCAAGGAAUUGAUUCACUUCCAAGAAGUUUGCCAGCACAAACAAAUGGUCAAGGGACUGGUCAACCACCAUCAAAUAAUGAGAUCAGUUUAAGCAUGGAAUAAGAGUACUAGCUUUUGUUAUGUUGUGUCCAUAAUUAUUUAAGUGAAUUAACUUAUAUAAGUUCCUACUAACAAAAAUACUGUUGGGCUUCAUUUUGCAUGCAUGUAUUGAAAAAAUUGCAUUGAAAAAAUUACAUAAUCUGAAUAGCUUGCUAAAUACCAUGUAUUAUUUUGUAAUUAGACGAGGUGUCGCAAUCUUUCUUUAUAGUAAGUAGAAGGGCACUACACCAAAAGUGUUCUUAUGAUAUUAA